AUGACGUAAGUAUUGUUGUGUCAUGUGAUGCGAAGUGGGCGUGGCUCCGUUUCCCGGAAACAUGGAGGCUGUGCUGAGUGAUGUUGUGGCUCCCGAGGACCUUAAAAAAUUCGAGAAGAAGUACAACAACGAGCUGCUGAAGGGAGCCGUAUCCAAAGAGACAAAGUUUGAGUAUGCUUGGUGUUUAAUCAGGAGUAAAUACACGGAGGACAUCAAGAAGGGAGUGCUGCUCCUGGAGGAGCUGGUUCACAAAUCGUCAAAGGAUGACUCCCGGGACUUUCUCUUCUACCUUGCAGUGGCCAACUACAGACUCAAAGAAUAUGAGAAAGCCCUGAAGUACAUCCGGACUCUUCUGAAGAACGAGCCGGGCAACAAGCAGGCUCUGGAGCUGGAAAAGCUCAUCGACAAGGCUUUGAAGAAAGACGGCUUGGUCGGGAUGGCGAUCGUCGGAGGGAUCGGUCUGGGCGUGGCGGGUUUGGCGGGCCUCAUCGGCUUGGCGGUGUCGAAGGGAGCGGCCAAAUCCUAACCUGGACGGGAGCCGCGUGCCAGACUCAUAGACUGACCUGCAAUAAACAGAGGAACAUUACAAAGUGCUUAAAAGAUGAUGGUUUGAAGUUGAGUGUCUGCUGUGGCACAUUCACAGCAGCCAUGGUUCAAAAACAUCCUUUCAUACGUUAACAGGGUUGAAAAUCACCUUUUCUGUUCACUAACUAAAGCAUGUCCGUCUCUAGUUAGUUGUAUAAAUUAAUCUUAAAUUUACUAAGUUGCCAUUUGCAAACAGUAUGUAUUUCAAAGAGUGUACAGGUUUCUUCCAUUGUGAGUUAAGGAAAGUGUUAUUGAUGCUGUGUGAACGACAGCAGGUCGUAUGAAGAAAAACGGCGAUGUGUUAUGUCUGACGUCCGAGUGCAGGGUGUGAACAUUUAAUUCAGACGUGUGUAGCCGGACUUAAUAUUUGUGCAGAGCAAGAGCUAAAGGAAUUAACACACAUUCCUGUGUUGAACGCUUUCCUGAAAUUCACAUUUGCUUUAUUUAAUGACCUCUUUUACAUCUUGGUAAAUAAAAUUACUGCAAGAAUAUUCGUGUUGUCUGUUGUCGAUCUCUGGUUUUCUGCUGCCGGUGAUAAAUUAAAGGCUAAAACAUGG